GCUGGAAAUGGAGAAGCUGCAACUCCAGAGUCUGGAGCAGGAGCACCACAAGCUGACAGCUCAGCUGAAGGACGAGCGGGAGAAGAACAAACACAUCAUCAUGAUGCUGGUGCGCGAGUGCAAGCAGCUUGCCACACGUGUGGUAGAGGAGUCAACACGCUUCGACGAACUCCAGGCUCGCAUGGAGGAGGAAAGUCAUGCUUCGGCACAGCUGCAAGAAGAGCUGAGCACCGAGCGCGAGCGUAGUCAACUGAUGGAAGCCAAGAUGGAAAAGCAGCUAUCUGAAUUUGACACAGAGCGUGAACAGCUGCGUGCGAAGCUGGGCCGAGAAGAAGCUGAGAGCCACAGCCUGCGAAAGCAGGUGGAGCAGCUAAGGACUGAAGGUAGUGAUAGGAGCGAUUGUGCAGCAGCUGCUCUGCCUGCUGCCAGUGGAAUCGUACCUCCCGCUGUCACCAGCACACCACCCAAACCUAAAACUCUGGUAUCUAUUUGUGUAGCCACAGAGCCCAUUUGCUUUCAAACAGUGUCUUGCCAAACGGAUGUCCCCCCCACAGAGGGUGAUGGUCCUAAGAAGACCCCCCUCGCUAUACCAGUCAAACCAGGCCCUGCCAGCUAUGUGGGUCUGAGCUUGCCAAAGACAUCUGGCAGGGGGAUUGUCCACAGUAGCUCAGGAGGACUGGCACAGACUGAAAAUGGAUCAGAGAGCCAAACUCUCCACGUCUUACCUACUGGAGUUAGUCCACGCGUCCAAGCAGCACGGUACAAGUUUCAGGAACAGGAACAAAAUGGUACAUCAUCCCAGAGCCCUCCAGCCCGUGACCAAUCCCCCAACAACCGUGACAACUUUGCAGCCAAGCAGCAAGCACGUCACACUGUCACACAGGUCCUGUCACGCUUCACCAGCCCUCCUGCAGGAGGUGCUGGAUCCCUGCGUCCAGGCCUGCCUCACUCUGCCUCUGAGGGAGGCUCCUUUCCCAGCCGCCUGAGCCAACCAAUUGGCAUGAAGUCGCCUUCCGUUGCAAGAAUCGACCGGGGAAACCCUCCCCCUAUACCUCCCAAAAAACCAGGGCUCUCUCAGACCCCCUCUCCUGCGCAUCCACCCAUCAAGGGGGCAGGGGAGAGCAGCCGCUCCCCUGGGUCUGGGCUAAAACCAACCACACCCCAGCUGCCUCCCAAACCUGCCCUGGACCUGGUCCCAGCCCUGACAGUCUCUCAGGCUGGCGUCCCCCCAUAAUCUCCUCCCUAAAUGGCAGUGGGCCUGCUGCCCUGGACAGUGGGCACCCCCUGCUCCUACAAGCUGCUUCCCAGGAAUAUGUCACUUUAUUGUUAACGCUGCUUAACCAACUAGACUCAACACCUACCACCACCAACAUCACCUCUUCUUCUUCCACGAAAAACAGGCCCGAUCAUUGUGUCUUAGACCACCACCUCAACCACAUUCAACCUUUGUCUCAUUUGCUGCUGCUCUAAACAGACACAUAGUGUGCAGUUGCUGCUGUCUUUUGGAUUGCCUGCUUAUGUUUUGGAAGAAAAUGGAUACAUACCCUUACACUUUGCAACUGCCCACAUCCACAGUAGCUGCCUAAAGGGGCUGCUGUCUGAAGGAGCUGCUAUGGACUCUGUGGCAGUGGGGAGGCAGACUUCCUUUUUCCUAGCCUGUGAAGCAGGAAGACAUGACUGUUUUGUGUUCUGCUGAAUGCUGGAGCUGAUUGCUCACUCAUCACCUCAGAUGGUUUAAAGUGCUAUAUGCUGCUGUGCUCUCAGGAUAUUUGGACAUCAUACGUCUCCUCCUCUGCCAUCCGGCUCAGAUUGACCCCCAAUCAUACACCAUCCCUGCACACCGCUGCUUUGCUGAACCAGACCAACAGUGAUAGCUAUACCACUACUCACAUGGCUGCGGCAUUUGGCCUUUAGGACUCUCUGGAGGUGGACUUUGACAGGAAUGACAAGUGCCACUGAACAAUACAUGAUGCGGCAACUGCAAAGAUCUACUGGAAAACCUCUGUGGCUGGCCCAUCUCUGGAAUGCUGUGGUUAUAUUCUCAUGUGGAAAAAGCUUUUCUCUCCUGGGUAACUGCCAAGCAUUCUUCCUCUCUCUCUUCAUCCCUUUGUUGCACAUACCAUCUCCUAGCAACAUUGGAAUGAGUGCCGGACAGCAAGCUGUGGUGAAAGCUGCCUUCAGCACCCUGGAAAAUGAGGUGGUUCUCCUGGGUAACCCCCUGCCUCAACAUGAAAUCGACAGAUACCUGCUGGAGUUUCCACCUAGCGCUUUCUGCCUAUCACGCCUUGGGUCCUAUAGAGGGAAAAGCUGUGGCAGAAGAGGAAGGGGGAAAGAAUAUCAUCAAGUAAAUACAAUCCAACACCAGUCCUACAAAGAAGUAAGGCCCCCCAGUGAGCUGGAGUUGCGAUGGAUCCUUCGAACGGAUCUCUUUGGCCAAAGACGACUUGGUACUUUUAUCCAGCUCUCCAAGUGAAUUAUCUGCCUACAGCAAGCACCUAUGACUGAAAGUCAGCUGAACUUCAGCUCUAUCCAGCCGUCCCACUUAUAACAGUGACCAUAAUCUGGGUCACUAUCGUAAAUCGCACCUUCCAGUCCUGAACAGCAGAGGGCAGCAGACACAAGUCUCCUCCACUUUCAGCAGAAGCGACCAAAUCAGAUGCCCCCCAGACGCAGCAGAACAAAACAUGCCCCAUCAAACAGCAUCAGCUACACAAGGACAUCUGGGUCCUCCACAGAAACCUGCUCGAGAGCAACAAGUAGAUAUCUUCCUUCACCUCUCUCACAUGACUCCUCUGCCUAACAUGUAUAGACUAUGUACCUGACAACCUUUGAAAUUUAGUAUUUGUAGUUGUUAUCCAAACAUGUGACACAGUACUACAAUUGUGGGACCAUUGUUUUAGUCUAUUGCAGUAUGUGAAAAAAUGUUAUUGCUUUGAGGUAAAAAAACAAUAAUGUGGGGGGGAUGAGUCAGACUUUAUUUCUCUGUUGUGUUUUUUUCUUACUGUUGCCUUAAUUCCAGUAUUCAGUGCCACUUGCACAUUAUGGGUAUACAUUUCAAAUACAGAGUAUACCCAAGACUUUACUGGAAUUAGAGUUGACAGAUUAAGUAUUUAAUUGGUGGAAACUGCCUCACAAGACCCUUGGCACAGUAUUUCUGUCUACUUAAAGUUGUGUACAUUUCCUGCUGGUUUAAGGCCACCUUAGAGUGUUUUCGGAUAAAGAAAGACAGCAUCAGAGCAGGGUUUGUUUUCUAUUCUAUUGUUGGUUUUUGCUGUUUGGUAUUUUGAGAUAUUCAAGUAUUUUAUCUGCAAGUUUGGUUUUGAAUAAUGAUGAAAUAAUCAGGGUUCUACCAAAUAUAUACAUAUUUGUAAAUAAGAGAUAGUAAGUUUAAAUGCUCUAUAGAUUGGUGUAUGUGGUAUGACACUUGUACAGUGACUGAAUCCAAAAGCUUCAGAGAAUAAAAAAAAAAAGAGAACAAUACUUGUAGACAUGGUGUUUAUUAAACUAAAUUUGUUCUGAAACCUUGUGGCAAUAAGUGAUAGAACUAGGUAUUCAUAGGAUGACCUAUGUAAAUUGUAAGCCAUAAUAAAUAUUUCAAAAGCCCAUAUUUUUCCUUUAUUUAUAUUCAGUUGAACCCAUGCAUCUCCCAAUAGUGUUAUUCAAAUGUCUCUUAAUUUUGAUUUUUUUUUUGUGUUUCAUUAAGAAC